AUUUUCUUCAGUAAAAGUUUUUUAAAAAAACGAUGAUGUACAUAUUUCAAUUCAAGUGUAUGUAAGGAGGGAAUGUGAAUUUGCGAGAGACCGAGGAUCAAGAGAAAUCUUCUACUCUGCUUAAUCACAAUUGAAGAAUAAACGUUUAACACACAGAAAGACACACAAAAAAAAAAGGCAGAAGAAAUCCAGAUUAACAGAGAGAAGCAGGAGCACCAGGUGAGUGGGACUUGUCCCGCUCUCGGAUUUAGCGAUGCGUGUAUAGAACACGAAGACCGAAAUCUCUCCGCAAUGGGCUUGGAAACCUUCCUAGAGCCCCACCCGGAGUCCCUGUAGACGAGUUUCUGCACACAACCUCCACAAGUCCGGAUUCGCGGCUCCCCUCGCUUCGCGGCGCAGUAUCUCGUCCGAGAGGAAUUAACCCUCACUGCUCAGCAGCCGCCGGGAAGGGAUUCUGCAGUCCCACAGCUGAAACAGAAGCUGUUCUGGGGGACUUGAGGGGCGAUGAAGGUUUUGGAGAAGACUGGUAGAAUCUGAAGAAGGAGGCUGAACCAGUUUGCUAAACUGGGGGGAAGGGUGGGCGCCUGUCGUUCUCGUACUAAUCACCCGACGGGCCUCUCGUGUGUCACUGUUCGUGCGUCCUGACGCACAGUAUUGAACAGGAUUACAGCAGGCGGGCUGAGGAACAGACUCAUCCGCGCAAAAUACCAACAGAGCCGCAGUGAGCUUCCACUGCAAGGGGUAAAUAUAUAUGGUACCAGGGGGAAACGCGCUCACCACCCUGUUAAAAACGCUUGCCACAAGGCCGCAAACCUGCCCCCCCCAAAUCUAGAUCUACCAAAAUAAGUGAUCUGGAAAUCAAGUGCUGAAAAUGGACAAUGACGUGUGCACAAGUCCGUGUCACUACGAAUGACGUAUUGCAGACGUAUGUUUAUUUGGGCCUAACUCAUAAACAGAUAUAUGCUGGCACCGGUACACAGCGCCACAGGAGAACCUCGGGAUGCGAUAUGGAGCAGUCUGUCGAAACAAAAGCCGAGAUCACGCUUGUAGCGAAAACAUUGAAAAGAGGAAAAACUACAUUUCCCAGAGAGGAUUGCGAAGAGCGUGCCUUUCGCCAUGUGACUGCAGUUAGGAGGCACGGUACAGGGAAGUUGACGACCUGUGACAGUCGCUGCCUUUGCAGCUGAUCGCACAGAUCGCAGAGCAAUAACGGCAAGCAGGGUUUGUCUAGGCUUGCUCGUGUUUGAUCCCUUGGAAGGCAGAGGAAGAGUCCGUGUGAUAUCGCUUUCGAUCUCUGCAUGACGAUGACGAUGAUGAUGAUGAUGCCUGCCAUGAUGAGUUAGUUAGUCCGACACCCUCAGAAUCCCCCGGGCUAUAAAGAUUCUGCUGGAAAAACCUGCUGUUGCGAUUUGCAAGCCACAAUCACACACGCAAAUACACACACACACACACAAAUACAAAAGCAUUAAACCUUUCCUUUGUGGAGUAAAAGGAGCAAACUAUCAAGGCUAAAACUGUUUUUGCAGUGCAAUGGCUUGUUCACAUUUGUAGUUUAAUAUAAAGUAGGGGCAGAGGGCACAGAGUUAAUUUUUCCAGGCCCGGCAAAUCUUAAUGCGAGGAGAGAGUGGAACAAAACAGCAGCUAGUUCACCUGUAUGGGCUUGAGAGGAGCAGCCCAUUCACCUAGCACCUCGAGGGAAAGCAGUCAGCAAACUCGGCGAGGCGAUUCUGUCUGGAGCAAAGGUCUCUGUGCUGUUGGUUUUCUAGGAGGGGUUUGUUGAAUUCUCCGGCAGACAGCCCCCCCCGCUGCUUGGAAAGGCGACAGCCAGACACCCCUGCCCCUUUGACAAACACCGGGCUCUCCGUGAUCGAGCAAGGCAGGCCAUUAGCUCUCCGCAGCGCGCCCAGGGGGAUUGUGGGUUUCAAACGACGACAAAGGCUUGCAGAUUAGUGCACCCCGAAGCCUAAGUGAGAAGCCCUGCGCUGGGGAGGAGGGGGUCCGGCGUUCACACAUCGCAGGAAAUACCUCGGCCACUGGCCCUUAUCUCUGCGGCCCAGGGGGAAGUGUCUUUGCUCUAGUCAUGCCUGAGCGCUAUCUGCUGCACAUCGGAGCAGCGGCGCUCGAGAAGCAAAAUGAAGUGGCCAGUGAGGGGAGGCCGGGCUGCCGUUCGGGGGAGAAACGACUGGCAGAUCUUUUCCCAGAGGCAGUGGAAGUGUUCAAGCCCAUACCUGGCUCCUUUCAAGGACCGGGCCCAGGGAUGCACUUCGAAGACUCCAGCAGCGUCACGCUACUUUUUGAUUUCUGGGACGUGCACGGCCCGGCAGGAAUGGUCCUGUCCGUCUUCGUGGUUCUGCUGCUCACGGUGUUCUACGAGCUGCUGAAGGUGGGGAAGAUUUGGCUCAGCGAGAGGUCCCGCCCCCCACCCCCCGCCGAGCACCAGGGCAGUCAGGCCACCCUGACGAGCACGGCCUCGGAGAGCUCGCUGCCUCCCACUCCCCCAGAAGGCUCCAGGAACAGGUGGAUUCUGCUGUAUGUGGUGCAGGCAGCCGUCCACGUUGUCCAGGUGACCCUCGGUUACAUGCUGAUGCUGUGCGUGAUGUCCUACAACGUCUGGAUCUUCCUGGGCGUCAUCGUCGGCUCUGGGCUCGGGUACUUCCUGGCCUUUCCCUUCCUGCGCCGGCCCUGAAGCAGGAGAGGACGAGAGACGCCCCCUCUCCCCUCACGCGAGCAAAGUCUUCUGCUGAAAGACCUCCAGGCUGGCUGGAAGUCGGCAUUUUCAAGCGGUCUCGGCUGAACAGGGCUCUGCUUCGGUUACUUUCACGCUCCUCUGCGAGGGUGUGCGAUUUUUUCGGCACUGAUGGCCUGCAGAGCCGCUGGCCAAAAGCUUUGUGCUUUUCUGUCAGGGACUCUGGGUGCGUCUUGUGCAGUGCCUCAAGCCCGAUGGGCCCGUUUUUGAACGGUUCUGCACAGCGACCUGUGCCGAUCUCAACCAGACCAAACAAGAUUUGCGUACGUGCAUCGGCGUGUCUGAACCGCCCCCGCCCCCCUUUUAAAGACUCUGUGCUCCAAUUGUAAACGGGUGCAUCAAACUACUGUACCUAACCCUGCACAGCAAAGAGCUGCUCCAGCUCCAGAAGUGCAGAUCUGUGUCCCUGCCGAAUAUUCCAGGUCCAAGCGUCUGCAAGCACCUUCCCCUGCAGGUGCCUGCGCUCCGUGAGUCAUGCCAGACGAGACAUGAGCAGAGCUGUAAUUCCCCUCUCAAGGGCGAUGACUCGCCGCUGUCCCGCCCUCUGCUGACCACAGGUCUGUCUGUCUUCUACCCUGCGUGUUGAGGCAAGAGCCGGACAAGAACGGUGCGCAACCACAGAGCCGGGGUCACUGCAGGAGGCCCAACCUUUUGAGAAGCAGACGCUGAAACGGACCAGUUUGGACUAACCUAUUCUGUUGGCCCCUUGCAGCACCCGGUUAUACAUCAAAACACGGUUGUUAUCCUUCUGCUUGGAUCGGGAUGAAACGUUUUAAGGCUCAUCUUCCUGGUUGUACGGUAUAAAUGGUUACAGUUUAACAAGGUUUCUUUUGAAAGUGAGCCCGUGCCUCAUUUGCAAGACAAAUUGACAUGAAUAGUUUUAAAGACGGCAAGGAGCUGGUUCAGUCCUGGUUACACAAGAGUUUAGCUCAUGCUUUUAUCAAACGCAUCUCACCCUUGUACCUACUUUUACAUCUGGAUGUUCCUGCAGAAGCACUUUUUUUGGGAUUCAAACCUGCAACCUUUCAGUUUAAAGCCUUACUGUAACUUCUGGGUUGGAACUAUGUGCCUUUCAGAUUCCCCCCAUCAGUAAAACUCCCAAUUUAUUUAUUCUAAGAAAAUGUGAUCAAAUGUAUUAAGUGCAAUAUAUAAAUGAUGCAAGCCUUUAAAACGCUUUCAGGGGGAUGGGAUGUGGGAUGUUGGCCAUGAGCUAAUCUUUGAGCAGCUGUUUAAAUGUCUAGGGGUUACUGAGAAGUCCAGUCUCCCUCUCAGACACAAACUGGACUGGCAGCAUCUAGUGAUCAAAAACUAUCUGUAACCCAAGGGCCUGGUUGUAGAAAGUGUCCAGGCUCUCUGGUUGGUAGAUGUCCCCCCCCCCCAAUCUGAGGCAUAAACUCCCUCUGCUGUUCACUAAUCAAGCCAAUUCAGAAAGGGAUGGGGUGGAAUCGGCCAGCACUCUGCCACAUGGUCCUGGAAAAUGUUUCUUCUCUCUCUGUGAUCCUAAAAGAUAGGGCUAAAGAGACGAGGGGAAAAGCUUUUCUAGGAGAUUAUCGUAAUAUAGUAACCAAAUCGUAUCCCAGUGUCCCGGCAGAGACGCUCUGCGGCCCAACUGGUCUACGAAUUUAAAUGCACGUCAACAAGGCGGAUGCCAAGCCAAAGCUGUAGAGGUGCCCCAGUACUUGAACCGAUCGUCUGGGAGAGGCGGUUUUGAAGACGCACCCCACAUGCCGUUCCGCUAAUGCAAGUUUGACCCACACAGCAAUAAUGUACAGAUCUACACUGUUUUGGAAAUGAUAUAUGAUCGCCAAGGCAGCGCGUUUUGUAAUGAGACAUCAAAUAAAAUGACUUUUUCGGA